GAGCAUCUAUCAUAUGUGAAGUGACCCUUCCCUCUCUCUCUCUCUAUCUCUCUUACACAGACCUCUGUACGCACCGUUUCUCUGUUUCACUCACCACUCUUUCUCUCUCUACUCUCUCUCUAUAUCCAUAUCCCCCCAUAUCUCCACUUCAAUCCACAAUAUAUUCAUAUUCAUACCCUCUACAUACCCACUUCAACAUGGGUCCGACUCCUUACAAUUCUUCAAACUCAUCUUCCUCAGCUUGCUCCAGCUCCACCAAGCCACCACCACCACAACCACCGGACCAGAUGGACCACCUCCUGGCCGGCGCCGGCUACAAAGUCCGGUCAAACGACCUCACCCAAGUCGCCGAGCGGUUGGAGCAUCUCGAAACUGUCAUGGUUAAAUCCUCACCGGUUGAUAUCUCAGACAUCGGAAACGACGCCGUUUAUUACAACCCCACUGACCUCGCUUCCUGGGUUGACUCUUUACUCACUGAAUUAAACCCGAAUGGGUCUGGGUCCGGGUCCGGGUCUGGGUCUGGAUUUGUAUCCGGAUCCGGACCUGCCUAUGUUUCGGAUCCGGUUAUGAAUGAUAUGAAUAAUGUGUACGGUGAAUUUGGGCAACAAGUGGUGACGCCGAUAGAGGAAGAUGUGAGCAUACGAUUGGUACACGUGUUGAUGACGUGUGCGGAGGCGGUGCAACGUGGCGAUUUGUCAUUGGCUGGUUUGUUGAUAGAUGAUCUACAAGGUUUGCUUGGUCGUGUGAACAGCGGAUGUGGUAUCGGAAAAGUUGGGAGUUUUUUUGUCGACGCGCUUAGCCGGCGUGUGGUUAACUCGCCGCAAAACGGUGUCGUUCAGGUGGAUUUAUCGGCGUAUGAGAAUGAGAUUUUGUAUCAUCAUUAUUAUGAAGCUUGUCCGUAUUUAAAGUUUGCUCAUUUCACGGCGAAUCAAGCGAUUUUAGAAGCGUUUGACGGUCAAGAUUGUGUCCACGUCAUUGAUUUUAACUUAAUGCAGGGUUUACAAUGGCCGGCUUUGAUACAAGCGUUGGCGUUGCGGCCCGGUGGGCCGCCGUUGUUGCGGCUCACCGGGAUUGGCCCGCCGUCAUUAGACGGACGUGACUCGUUACGUGAGAUCGGGCUCAAGUUGGCGGAAUUGGCCCGGUCGGUUAACGUGCGUUUCGCCUUUCGGGGUGUCGCGGCUACACGUCUGGACGACGUGAAGCCGUGGAUGUUGCAAGUUAGCCCGAAAGAGGCGGUUGCGGUAAAUUCGAUAAUGCAGCUGCAUAAGCUGCUAGGACCAGGUGGCCCUCGUGGGCCACCUGUUGAUCUGGUCCUUGAUUGGAUUCGGGAUUUGAACCCAAGGAUUCUGAUGGUUGUGGAACAGGAAUCGAACCACAACCAACCAGAAUUCUUGGACCGAUUCACCGAAUCCUUGUACUAUUACUCGACAAUGUUUGACUCAUUGGACGCAUGCACGGCUCAACCCGAAAAAACCCUUGCCGAGUUAUACAUACAAAGAGAGAUAUGCAAUGUGGUUUGUUGUGAAGGGUCGGCUCGUGUUGAGAGGCAUGAACCGUUGGUUAGAUGGAGGGAACGAUUGACUGGUGCCGGGUUUGCACCCUUACACCUAGGGUCCAACGCGUUCAAGCAAGCACGUAUGUUGUUAACUUUGUUUUCCGCCGAAGGUUAUUCUGUUGAAGAGAAUGAAGGGUGUUUGACCCUAGGAUGGCACAGUCGGCCCCUUAUUGCCGCGUCAGCUUGGCAAGCGAUACCAAAACCGAGCGUGGUAACAACGGGCCGAUAAACCAUCCUUGAUAAUGUAAUAAUGUGUUACAUUUGUGAAGUUGAAAGAAGUCGUGCAAAUUUAAAUUUUUCCCUCGUUUUAGUUUAA